AUGAGCUUCGAAAAACUAGAACUGGCCGCGGCAGCAUACAAAGCCGCCGAAGAGCUCAAGCAUUUCCCCGAGCGAGCCUCAACCUCAACCCACAGCCAGCAUUUCAACCUCAAGUUCGGCCCCAAGACCGUUAUCGCCUCAGCCGACCGAUUCUGGACGUACUCGACGACCGGGAACAGCUACAGCGCAACGCAUCUGCGGCAUUAUAGGCAUGGCCUCGAGGCGCUGAGAAGGACGGACCCGACUGGGGGCAAUACGGUUGUGAAAUCGGAGUUGUGUUGGACGACGAGGUCGUCGAAAGUGUACUCAACGAAGUUGGAUUAUUCGUCGGAUGCACAUCUCCUUUGGGUGUAG